UCAGUGACGUAACUGGCCAUCCUCAGCCUCCUCUUAAACGCUUCAAACACGCGGGGCUCGCGACUCUGACACACGACCGCGGCCGAGGGGGAUCCGCCGCACGAGUCCUCCCUGAUCAUGUCCAUUAGAACCGAGUUAUAAUAAUGCCCGAGUCUGCCGAGCCUGAACUCACACAAGAGCAACUUUUAAACUCGGCUAAAAAUGACUUCCAAAACUGUGGAUAAAGUCGCCGAGUCGCUGAGUGAUUUCCUGCGCUCUAUUCCUGCUUAUCCUAUGGAUGAGAUCCCCCCAUCGUUCGGGGAGGCGGAGGGAGGUGGUCUGAGCCCUGACACUUUUGGUGUGGAGAAACAGAACCUGGACUUUUCAGACUCCCAGAACUCGCCUCUCUCCUACACUGGCAAAAUCUCUAUUGACUCUCAGUUUGCCCAGGGCAGCUGGACUCAGGAGGGUCUAAUCAGCCUAGUGUGCGCGGACGUAGAAGGGAAGACUACUGCCUCCCCCGGAACCACAGACCUCUCAGGGGCUCCGGGGUCCUCUCAAGGGCCCGAAAAGGCCCCACUCUCGUCCGCCAUGGAGCACAUGUACACCGCGCCCCCUCCUUACACCUGCAGCGCUGAUGUCUACCAGGACCCCUCUGCGUACUCCUCCGCCACAUCUUGUGCAGUGGCGCACCCGUGCGCCAUGUCCUAUUCCCCCGCGCCCAAACCCACUGUGGACAGCACGCUCUUUUCCAUCCUGCCGGAUUACGGGGGCUUUUAUCAGAGCAGCAGCGGCCCACGGGACGUCCCGCCUCUCCUCCAGGACAGAAAGCCCUUCUCGUGCUCGCUGGAGUCCGUGCGCGUUCCGCCGCCGCCCCUCACGCCCCUCAACACCAUACGCAACUUCACGCUCGCGGAAGGGCCGCGUGCCCCCGCGCGCCUCCUCCUCCCACCUCCUCCCCCGCUUGCGCACGCCGCCCCGCUGCGCCCUAUCGCGCGCCCCCGCAGGUACCCGCCGCGCGCGUGCAAGACGCCCGUGCACGAGCGGCCGUAUCCAUGCCCGGCCGAGGGCUGCGACCGCCGCUUCUCGCGCUCCGACGAGCUGGCGCGCCACGUGCGCGUGCACACGGGCCACAAGCCUUUCCAGUGCCGCAUUUGCAUGCGCAGCUUCGGCCGAAGCGACCACCUCACCACGCACAUCCGCACGCACACGGGCGAGAAGCCCUUUGCAUGUGACCUGUGCGGCCGCAAGUUUGCCAGGAGCGACGAGCGCAGGCGCCACGCGAAGAUUCACCAGAGACAGAGCGAGAGGCGCGAGCGCGCGAAUCAGCAACAGCAGCAGCAGCAGAACCAGCAGCACCAACAACAGCAGCAGCAGCCCGCCGAGGGCGCGAGGUGAGGGGGCGGCUGCUGCCGGACACAUAAUGGCACGAGCCUCCGUUAUUAUAAGCACUGGACAGCGCAGUGCUGACCCGUGAAGGCAGCUUUAACGUGUGUGACCGUGUUUACCUUUUCACUGUUAUUCUGUACCGACCAGUGGUUCUCAGGACUGGACCUGCCCUCUAUACCUCUGCCCUGCCGGUUCCAAUGCACAACUGAUCUAAUCACAACUGAUGUAACUGAUCCAUUAGUUCACAGGUUACAAGGUUAAACUGUGUUACAACAGGAAAACACGAAAAUUUGCCUGACAGGGUGUUCCAGGACCAUGGUUUACUCAAACUAUGAAACAAAGGGUUUAUGACUGCUGAAACAAGCACGGUUAAGCUGAUUAACCAUUUAAACCAAGCUGGUUGGUCAGCAAUGCCAGAACGCCCAAGCAUAACCAAAAUAUAUGCAACAUACACUUUGCUGGUCAAAAGCCAGACGGGUUGACUAGUUUUUUGUCUUAGCACUGGUAUGAUAUGAACAUAACACAACAUAACAAAACAACAUAUAUCUUGAAAGUGCUUUUUAAUACAUACAUUUGGGACAAAACUCUUCAAAUAUUCCUCUUCAGCUUCAUGUUAUGGUUCAGAUAUGGGCCUGACUGACAUUAACAUGCUGUUACUGACACUGGGAAACAAUUACCAAUAAAUUACCAUUCUUAUAACAUUGGCUGAUAUCAUUUACAAAUACAUUAUUUAAAAAAAAUAAAGGACAGGGCGGAGUUAAGUGACUACACACACUGUAGUAUGUUUUAGGGUUCAGUACACACACACAUUAAGAAAAAUAUUUUUAAUUUAAACUUCCUGGAAAUGAGACUGUACAUUUGAACAUUUUAGGUCAUGUUCUGACACGCCUUUGAGUAUGAUUACAGGGAUAAUUACAAAUGAAAUGUGCCUUGUUGGAAUUUUUUUGAUGAUGGGAAUAUUAGCUAAUAUUAUGAAGUGUGUAUACGUUGACUGUGCUCUCUUCAUCCGAAUGUAGGCAAAUUUUAUCAUGUUCAUACUCUGACAUUUUGGAAUGUUAAAACCACUGGUCUGUUUUUUCUGGAAGCUUCUGUUUACUGUAACAUGCUUUGUAUAUUCGGGUUCCUAAAACUGAACUGUUUAAAAGUCUACUGCUGAACUUUUGAUGACUGAUCACUGAUAAUGUUUACGACGAUUUUCAGAUAAGGGUGGCUUGUUGUAUAGAAUGAAACGAUACUCAAGAUUCUGUUUUGAAUCCGCCAUGUCGCCUUUUUCUGAACUGUCCCUAUAAUACCAGCUCUGACUAUUUUUGCGCUGCCCUGUUUCUGAAAACUGAGCCUUUACUGAGAGCUUUAAAUUGUUGUUCUUUAUUCAUUUUGUACAUAAGAGACAUGUGGCUAGAUCUGUUACAAGAUGUGAAACUGCUACUGGUUUAUGUGUAUACAGAAUAAUAAACACACUGGAUUCUUCACAGAGGCCAGCCAUUGUGGCAAGAA